GUCCUGCUUGCUCACUGCCAACAACGACCAGCAGCAACCAGGCGCCCAGCAGACCCACGACCCAGCAACUGAGCUCCUGUAUCGCAAUGUGCUGUUUUAAGAGCAUCGGCAAGCACGACCAAUGAUGGCAGUGCCCAAGAACGCACGCUUGUCAACGAGCAACCCUGCUUCCUUGCUUCAUUUCCUGACAGCCUUCCCUCGUCUUCCCUCGUCUUGCUCGCUUCCAGGCUUCCUCCUCUCGCUUGCUUGGAUUUCAACUGCCGGCGGCUGGCAAUGUGAUGGUGGGACAUCCAUGCAUGCCGUUGACGUCACCCUCGUUCAUCAAAUGACACGCGCCCGCCGACCAACAUGAGUGACACACACACACACACACCACACACACACACACACACACACACACACACACACACACACACACACACACACACACACACACAAGCCAACUCAUCAACUGCACGCGUUCAAACCGCUCUUUGGCUGGGAACCCUGUUGCGUGCACACGCCUUUCGCUCGUGCUUCCCAUCCUUUGUUCAUGAAGCCUGAGGCACGCACUCUUUAUUUCUGCUUCCAUGUGCCAAAACCAACACCUCGCCGAGCUGGGCACAAGGAGUUCGUGCCGGAGUUCACACAGACAGCACACGCGUCCCUGCCACCUAGACCUACAGGCAUGGGUACGGUAUGUGUGCGUGCACUCCCCAAACACACACACGCACGAGUGCUGGUCAUGGGUGCUUGCGGGUUGGGCGGAGCGCCGCGUUCACCUGUUCACAGCGAGCCUGGGAAGAUCUGCGCACGCUCGUUUUUGUUGUGUGUGCGGGGUCUGUGUUUCAUUUUCUCCGUUCUCAGCUGGACCUGAACGUACAUGCGCAGCAUAAGCACACAUAGACGCUAGGCUCACCAUCAACGUCCUCCAUACACUCAACUAGGCGGCUUCUGCCUCUCUCUCUCUCUCCACCCUCUCUCGUUUCAGCUGCGGGCGGAGCCCUUCUGUACCGGAUAGCCGUGUGCCCUCACUCGCACCCCACCCCCCACCCUGAUACAACCAACCUAGUUAACAUUGGUGCGACAGCCCCCAACUCUCUGGUUUGAGGUGCGAGGCGAUCCCUUGCCAAGGCGGCCGCCUUCCUCUGUACCACAUUCCCCUUUCCCGCUUCCAUGACCUCAGCUACGAUGAGGAUCAUGCAGCGGCGCGGGCUUGCCCGGCCUAUCCAAUUGGUGGCCCUGCUACUCGGCCUCGUGUUGGCCGGUUCGCGCCUUCAGCUCGUUGCUGCCAGCAGCGCGUGUGCCAUGUACGGCGCAAACCAACAGGCCUGCCUCUCCGAUCCAAACUGCAAGCUCUCUGGGACCUGUUCCCCAGCGGAACUCAGUUGCGCCGGUGGUCUCCCCAUCCUGUGUGAGCUUUUGGCCGGUUGCCGAUGGGACCUCAACCAGGGCUGCUACGUUGACGCGCGCCAAUGCAACGCCAUCACGACGGAGUACGAGUGCACCAAAAACUCGCUGUGCGACUGGCAGCCAACGUGCACGGAUCGCUAUGCAUUUCUCCCCGCACCGCCAGCACCGCCAGCACCGCCAGCACCACCGGGCCCGAUUUCACCGGCAUGCCACCUUUACAGCGGCGAUUACGAUGCGUGCAUGAGUGACCCAAGGUGCGAGGCUACCCUGCACUGCGGCAGCGCUUUGCAGUGCCAGCACAACGAUGAGGUGGCCUGCAUGAGCGAGCCAGGCUGCCUGUGGGACGAACUGGGCCUCUGCCACCUCGUUGACGACGUCUGCUCCUUGUUCCUGAUUCGCGACCUGUGCUCCAUCAAUCCAGUGUGCAAGUGGUUCUCCAUGUGUCGCCCCGUACCGCGACCACCAGCGCCACCAACACCACCAGCCACCCGCCCACCACAAACAACAACACCAUCAAGGCCACCGACGCCACCGCCACCACCAUCGUGCCGCUCAGCCUACCGCAAGCAGGAUUGCCCCAAUCUGUGUGCACACCGCCGCUGCCUCGCACACCCAUCAGCCACGUGCGUGGUGGAGAACUGCGGCGUGUGUGCGGCCCACUUCUACGAUCGCCGCCAGCCAGCGUACGACAGCCGCGGACAGCCGAUUCCCGUCGACUGCACGCCCACAGACCGCUGCACAGGCAACUGCCGCCGCGAUUACGAGGCGUGCGAGCGCUACGGCCCUUGCAGAGAGGCCCUGUACCGCCUGUAUGACGCACGCAGCACAUAUGCCGGCUGCAACUACGCCUGCUACCAGAACAUCGCACCAAACCAGGACUACCAUGCACGUGCCAUGUUUGACGCGCUGUACUCGUGCCUUGGUGCGUGCGACGGACACGCGGGCAGGGGCCACCCACCCAACCCCAACAACAACGGCAACAACAACGGCAACCAUGGCCCACCCGCGUAUCACCCUGGCGUGUGCAGCCGGCCGCCGGCAACGGGGCCAUGUGAGGCCGCCAUCCCGCGCUGGUACUUCAACCCGCGCUCGCAGCAGUGCGAGCACUUCACGUACGGCGGCUGCGGCGGCAACGGCAACAACUUCGAGACCAAGCAGGCGUGCGAGCAGCGCUGUGCGGUGGGCGCGUGCUGCACCCGACGAAUCGUGCACGGGGAUGGCAAGGCGUACGGGUACGACCGGAACGGCUACGACCGCGACGGUUAUGAUCGCAACGGUGUUGCCCGAGAUGGGGAAACGCACCGCCCACGCUCGCACGCCCGCUUCUCCCGCGACACGUACAACGAGCACGGCCAGGACGAGCGCGGGUACGACGCGCGUGGCUGUGACGGCGCCGGAUACGAUGUCCGCGGAUACGACGACACGUACGCACGCGACGGCCAGCAGUACACGUACACGCGCGAACAGCAGUACGACGAGGACGGGCUGGACCGCACCGGCGUCGACAAGCACGGGUGCGAUGAGGACGGCUAUUCCUACGACGGGUACUAUUCCAAGGCAGAAUUCUCCUGCCGCCGCCUCACACGUUCGCAGUGCCAGGCACUCGAGCAGCCGGAGCAAGGGGUGGAGGUGGUGUCUUUUGCCCAGGGCAGGGCAUGCGCGGAGCGCCAUUGCGGCAACCCCAAGUGGGAGGCGCCACGCCAGUGCGUGUACGGCGGCAAGGCGUACGCGUACGGGCAGACGUUCACCUACGGCUGCCAGUCAUGCUUUUGCGCAACAGACGGCACUGUGUCGUGCCAGUGCACCGUGCAGCCGCGCCGUGAGAUUCGCGAUCUCACCCCGCAGGAGGUGACGGCGUUCAUUGGCGCCGUCAACAUGCUGUACCAGAGCGGCACGUGGACGUCGCUGGCGGAGGUCCACCUCAAUGCAGCGCCACAGGCGCACGGCAACCCGCGCUUCCUGCCCUGGCACCGGGAGUUCCUGAGCCAGGUCGAGAUGGCGCUGCGGGAGGUGAGCGGCAACUGCGACCUCGCCAUCCCCUACUGGGACUGGACAAUUGACGCCAUGUCGCCAGAGACGUCGCCCGUGUGGAACAUUGUUGGCGGGAACGGCAACGCCGCAGACUCGUGCAUUGUCACGGGGCCCUUUGCCCACUUUUCGCCCUGCAUUGAGCGCGACUGGGACGCGGGCUGGGCAAUCCCGUCGUUUGACGACGUCGCCGCCGUGCUUGCAAGCACGUCCUUCAUCGAUAUGGCCGCCAACUUGGAGGCCCUGCACGGCGACCUGCACAUGUUCGUCGGCGGCACCAUGAUCACAUACAUGUCCCCGUACGACCCCGUCUUCAUCAUGCACCACGCCUUUGUUGACAAGCUGUGGGAUGACUGGCAGACGGAGCUGGGCAACGGCCUGCAGUACCCGCAGAGCCUGCUGCACACCACCCUCGACCCCUUCCCGCGCACGCCCGCCGAUGUGCUGGACAGCGAGGCCCAGCUGUGUGUCACCUACCUCCCGCCGGGCGAGAACCCGCCCUGCGACGCCACGGCCUUUGGCGGCACACACGACACGGACGGCUACCACGCGGGCACCCCGCCCCCGCGCUACAACCGCGAUGGUUACGAUCGCGACGGCUACGACGUGUACGGGCGCGACCGUUACGGGCGCGACCGCAGCGGGCAGUACGUCACCGUCGACGCGAGCGAGAACGACGCGUACCCACCGUCCAUGUACGGGUUUGAUGCGCGCGGGUACGACGCGCACGGCUUUGAUGCGCAGGGCCUGGACGAGCGCGGGUGCGGCGUCGGCGGCGGCCACCCGCUGUACAUGCGCGACGUGUACCGCAUGCAGCGCGGCGUGUAUGAUGCAAUCAUUGCACGUCGCUUCCAGCGCAACCAGCGCACGUGUCGGCCGCGCCGCCCGCUGCCGCCGUGGUGGCGCGAGAUGAACUGGAUGGAGCGCGAUGAUGCCUACGGCCAGCGCGUGCACACCCACCAGCAGCAGGUGCAGUCCGAGUACAACCGCAACGCCGGGCGCUCGUACCGCCACCAAUACGACCGCCGACCACACGCGCACGUGCGUCACGACAUGUGUUUCAGCAACGGCGACUACCUGCACUGGCCCGGAUACAACGGCCACAGCGGCGAUGACGACGACGGCCAGUGGGUGUACGGUGACGCGCACCAGUGCCCGCCCGGCCAGACACAUGUGCAGUGCUUUGCCAAUCCCUGCGACAACGCGGUGUGCCCCGGCGACAGCACCGCCAUCUGUCGCGCCAACACGUGCGGCGGCUGCAAGGCGGAGUUCUACACCCCAGAUGGGCGGCGUGCGCGCUGCUACGGUGAUGGCACUUGCGGUGCUGCCGCGUGCCGCUACAACCCCUGCGCACAGGCCACCUGCCCAGCCAACCCGAACGCCGUGUGCGAGCCGGACGCGUGCAGGAGCUGCAAGCCCGUGUGGACAGACCCGUACUCAGGACAGCGCGUGCAGUGCGAGCCAGGCGACCCGUGCGAGAAGCAUGGGCAUUCGCCCGUGUGCUGCAAAGACGGCAAGACGUACGAUAACGCGUGCUACGCGGAACGCGCGGGAACGCACCCUGUCUAUGGAGGCAAGUGUGUGCGUUGUGAGGAAAAGUGCGAGAAGGACUACGACAGUGAUGAUGCCUGGGGCGACGACGAUGAUGACAUGCACCACCACUCACAUCCAGACAAGUAUUACGACGGCCACCAGCAUGGCCAUGGUCGCCACCGCCGCCACCGCAGGAGGGUGUGCGGCGCCGACGGCAAGACAUAUCCUUCUGCGUGUCAUGCGCGCUGCGCAGGCGUCAAGGUGGCGUACAGAGGCGCGUGCCAGACCAUCCCCAGGACGUGCGACGACGUAAACUUCUUCACAGCAAGGGACGAGGUGCGCCAGUACGUGUGCAAUACGCAGGCGCGGUGCAUGGACAACGAACCGCGAGGGCCAGACAACAGCUGCUACUGGGACGCAGAGACGCGCCGCUGCGGAUGCCAGCCAUCCGACCUCAUUUGCGUGGCACCAUUGCAGACGUGUGUUGUGUGCUGUGACAUUGACCUGCGCCUGUGCCUGUCCCUCGACGACCUCGACAUCCUGUCGUGCUGGCGCGCGUUUGUGCAGUGCAAGGUGGACUGCCAGCUGAACAUUCUGGGCAUUGUGGAGCUGGACCUGCAGGUGCAGCUGCGCCUGGCGCUGCUUGGGUCGCCGUCCAUGCUUGACUCGCGCCAGCUGAAGGACGCCCUUGUGCUGUCGAUUGGGCUGCCUGGCCUGAGCCACGACCACGUGGAUGUGCUUGAUGCAGUCACGUCCCUCAUUGGCCUGGAUGACGGCCGGCACAGGCGCGCAGACGAGAUGGUGGGCGGUGAGCAGCAUGACAGCGCGCUCCUCGGCGCCAGCAACGGGCCGGUUGGUGGCGUGGCAGAUGGGGUGGAGCUGUUGCUUGGCGUGCUGACUGACGAUCCCGUGGCCGUCAUCUCGCAGGUGCAGCAGGCCCUGACAGACGGCACGCUGCUGGAGCAGAUCACCUUGCUCGCAGGCAGCACAGAUGUCAGGAACACCUCCAACGUGGUGCUCACGGCCGAGCCAACCGUGAUUGAUGUGCGCACGUCAUCGUCGACAGCGCCAGCGCCCCCGCGAACAACACAGCCGCACACGACUGCACAGCCGCCAGGGCGAGCGCCAAACGGCGAGGACAGCACCACCAAACCGCCGUCGUCAUCGCCUCGUGGCAGCGGCAGCGGGGGCAAUGGCGGCCUGCCACUUGCAGCGAUUGUGGGCGCCGUUAUUGGCGGCCUUGCUCUUGUGGCCAUCGUUGUGUUUGCAGUCGUGGCUGCCAGGCGGCGAUCUGGUGGCGGCAGUGGCACUGGUGGACAUGACGGCAGUGGCGGUGGUCAUCAGGCUGUUUCACGCAGUGGGCCCACCACCAUCUAAAAUCACAGCGUGUUUGUGUGUGUGUGUGUGUGUGUGUGUGUGUGUGUGUGUGUGUGUGUGUGUG